ACCAAGAAGGUUUAGUCUGCUGAAAUUAAACGGCUGCUUGCACAAAGAAGAAACCAGGUCGUCAUUAGCAAAUUUAGAUAAGAAUUGAACAGCGAAAGAGCCUUUUCUUUAAGCUGGCCAGCCAGUUGUGUUUCAAGCAGCAUGACUCCUCUGUUCAGUGCCUGGCUAUUUCCACUGCCGCUCCUUCUAACCCUCAGCAUUCAGGGGCUGACCGAAGCUUGCAGCUGUGCCCCUGCUCAUCCACAGCAGCAAGUCUGUCAUUCUGCUUUAGUGAUUCGUGCAAAAAUUUGUAGUGAAAAAGUGAUUGAAGAUUCACCUCAUACUCAUAAAAUGAUCCGGUAUGAAAUCAAACAAAUAAAGAUGUUUAAAGGUUUUGAAAAGCUGAAAGAUGUUCAGUAUGUUUUUACACCUUUUGAUUCAUCUGUUUGUGGGAUAAAAUUAGAAGCUAACAAGAAGAAAGAGUAUCUCCUUACAGGUCAAAUUUCAGAUGAUGGAAGAGUUCGUAUUCAUUUAUGCAAUUUUAUUAAACCAUGGAAUGACCUUACCUUAUCUCAAAAGAUAAAUCUAAAUCAGAGAUAUGAAAUGGGCUGUGACUGUAAAAUUUCUGCCUGCUAUUCAGUGCCCUGUUCCAUCACUACACCCAAUGAAUGCCUAUGGACAGAUUGGCUGACAGAGAAGAAGGUCUAUGGAUAUCAAGCAAAGCAUUACGCCUGUAUUAAGCGCAGUGAUGGAACUUGCCAUUGGUAUCGUGGUGGUCCUCCUGUAGAGAAAGAGUUUGCUGAUAUCACUGAACCAUAAAUAAUUUUGGGGGGAAAAGUGAG